UAAACAAAUUUUAUUGUGAACUGACGGUUAUAUUGGCUGUUGCCAAUUGAGUUAUAUUAUCACGUGAUCUCUUGCCCAACCCAAGCGACGUUACACAAUCAACAUAGACAAUGAAAACCGUUGCGACCGCUGUCUGCAUUAUCUUGGCCUUUUGUCUCGGUGGCGCUCUGAGUGAAGGUGGCGGAUCCUCCACAGAGAACGUCCAGGAUUGGAUGUAUCCGGACGAGUUGUUACAGCGAGCGCGAGCCUUGCUUGAGGCACAAGGACGAGGCAAUGGCGCUAGAUUGUACACUGUGCCACAGGAAAGUGGCCCCCUUGCGUUUCUUAAACGUGGAGUUAUGAUGGGCGUUGAUUUACCAGACUUCAUUAUGUCAUCACAGCAGGGUCAAGGCGGCGUAGGAACCAAAAACAUACAGAACCUCAAGCAGAGACUUUUUCAAAGUGGGCGCAGGCGUUAAAGCAUUUCGUCCAUCUUUGCUGUACUGACUACAACAUGGGGUUUCUCUGCUUGAAGAAAACGAAUUCUAGCAUGAAAAGAAGUAUGACAAUCGUCGACAAACGUUAGCUCGCCUCGUUAGCUAUCAGGCUGAUUAGAGGGGGAGAAUACCGUGAUGAGAGACAAAGAACGGUACCCGUGAUACUAUCGGGUGAUCUCUAACAUACUAAGUAUAAUACAACUAGAAAUAUAGAUGAUGCGCUAUAGAAUAUCUGCGAUACCCGGUAAGAAAAUCUUCCUAUAGAAAUUACCGACGCUUUUUAAUCAUACAAUUAGAAAAAGUUAAGCAAAUAAAUGCAUGCAUAUUAGAUUGGUCAAAAAUUAA